GGUUUGGUGUUUGUCAUCAAACUUAUCAUAACCAAAGUGUUUUAUUAAAUGUUUUAAAAUACAUAAUUAUUUCGCGAAAUAUGUGAAUCUGACGGUGACGUCUAAACACGUUGUUUUCUAAAUAAAAACAUCCAAGAUGAGUGACACAAUAUUCUUUUCUCGGUUAUUAUUCUUUGGGUGUGUCAUAGGAUUGGGCGUUUACGCCCAGUACGAAUGGCAAUUACGAGAUAGUUUCGAUGAAAUUCGAGCGAAAAUGGACCAGGUUACGCCAGAUAAUUGUCCAAUUCAACAUCUUGGCGACUUGUAUCUACCUGAAGAUUCUGUGUCUCACUUGCCUGAUAUCAAAGACCUGAAUAUAAAUCCAGUUUUCCCAAAUCGAACUGCUCUUCUACAUUUGCAUAACAUAGCCAUAAGCAGAUCAUUUUUUUGGAGUUAUAUUUUACAAAGUAGAUUCAUAAGACCAGCAAUUAAUGACACAUACGAUCCUGGAAUGAUGUACUAUUUCCUGUCAACUGUUGCCGAUGUUUCAGCAAAUCCCUUUGUAAAUGCUAGUGCCAUAUAUUUUUCACCAAAUAGUUCAUAUACUUCAUCUUAUAGAGGCUUCUUUAACAAAACCAUGCCUUUAUUUGCUCCAAGAACUUUUCGAGCAGAUGAUUUUAAUGAUCCUAUUCAUUUACAAAAAAUAUCUACCUUAAAUACUUUUACUGUUCGAGAUCUUGGUGCCAUCAGGUCUGAUCAAUUGAGUUCUGAUUACACAUCAGAUUUUUAUAGAAUCAAUGAAUGGUACAAAAAAUGGUUGCCCGAUAAUGUUGAGAAGAGACAUGAUACUAAAACUACAUACCAAAUAGAAAUACGUUAUGCCAACAAUACCAAUGAAACAUUUACCUUCCAUGGACCUCCACGGGCUGAUGAAGUACCUGGUCCUGUUAAAUGGACUAGACCUUAUUUUGAUUGUGGUCGCUCAAAUAAAUGGAUGGUAGCUGCUGUGGUUCCAAUUGCUGAUAUUUAUCCACGUCACACACAAUUUAGACACAUUGAAUAUCCCAAAUAUACUGCUGCUGUAGUAUUAGAGCUUGACAUGGACAGAAUUGAUAUCAAUCAAUGUCCCAAAGGUGAAGGUAAUAGUGGCCCUAACCGAUUUGCUGAUACUGCCAGAUGCAAAAAGGAAACAACUGAGUGUGAACCAUUACAUGGUUGGGGUUUUAGGAGAGGUGGUUAUCAAUGCCGGUGUAAACCUGGUUUUCGUUUGCCAAGUGUUGUUAGAAGACCAUAUUUAGGAGAAAUUGUUGAAAGAGCAUCAUCAGAACAAUAUUAUAAUGGGUUUGAUUGCAGCAAGAUAGGAUGGGUGAAUAAGAUGCCUAUACAAUGGGAGAUUGCACAUCCCUAUGUACGAGAAAAAUAUUUGGAGAAGUUUCAUGAAUAUAGAAAUUACUCAUCAGGAUCAAGCUCAUUACAUAAUAAAAGAAUGAACAUAGAUGAGGCUUUGAAAUUUAUUAAAGGUGUAAAUUAUAAAACAUGCAAAAAUUUUCAUCCUCAAGAUUUAAUGUUGCAUGGAGACAUUGCUUUUGGAGCAGAGCAACAAUUUAGAAAUGAGGCUUUGAUGGCCGUUCGGUUGGCUAAUUUUAUUAGUGCUUUUCUGCAGAUCUCUGAUCCUACUGAAGUUUAUUCUGGGAAAAGAGUAGCUGACAAACCACUUUCAGAAGAUCAGAUGAUUGGAGAAACAUUAUCACUUGUACUUGGUGAUACAAAAAUUUGGAGUGCUGGUACAUUUUGGGAGCGAAAUAAGUUUACAAACCGUACUUUCUUUGCACCAUUUGCAUAUAGAAAAGAGUUAAAUAACAGGCAAUUUAAAGUAGAAGAUUUAGCUAGAUUAAAUAAAACUGAAGAAUUAUAUACAAAUAGACAAUGGUUUCAGUUCUUGAAACAACGUUGGUCUACAAAUUUUGAAGAUCUUGAGAAGUUUGCUAUGAAAAUUCAAAUAAGACAUAAUGAAACUGGAGAAUUUUUGAUGAAAUAUGAAAACUAUCCAAAUUUUUAUCGAGCUGCAAAUAUUGAUCAUGGACAUUGGACUGCCCCACAAUUUGAUUGCGAAGGCAAAGUGAAAAAAUGGCUUAUAACAUAUGCAUCACCAUUCUUUGGAUGGGAUGGAAAAAAAGUUAAACUAGAGUUUAAGGGUGUUGUUGCUGUUACAAUGGACUUGCAGCAAUUAGAUAUCAACCAAUGUCCAGAUGACUUUUACGUGCCAAAUGCUUUCAAAGAUACACACAAAUGUGACAAAAAAAGCUCAUAUUGUGUACCCAUUUUGGGCCGCGGUUUUGAGACAGGUGGUUACAAAUGUGAAUGCAACCAAGGAUUUGAAUAUCCAUUUGAAGAUUUAAUUACAUAUUAUGAUGGUCAAUUAGUAGAAGCUGAAUUUGAAAAUAUUGUCAAAGACAAAGAGACAAGGUAUGAUCUUUUCAAAUGUAGACUGGCUGGUGCAAGUAGUAUCCAAGGUGGAAUUUAUAUUUUACUUGCAGCUUUUAUGUUUUGGAACUUAAUUCAUAGAUAAUAUUAUUAUCUAUAACAGUUAGUUUUAACAUGUAGUUGUUAAAUUAUUGCACUAUUGUAAUUUUAUAUUUUUUAAUGUGUUCAUCAGUAUUAGGAUUGUUAUUUUAUAAAUUCUUAGGACAUUCCUUAUCUCAUUUGAGAAUUUUAUAUUGAAAAAUAAUCUUAAGAAUAUACUCUCCAGAUAUAUUAAAAUGUUGAA